AUGCAUUUCCCAACCCUCAUCCUCGCACUCUCCUCCCUCGCUCUCAUAAACGCCUCUCCACUCCCCGGAAACAAAAAUGUGGCGCCUGUAAAUGGUACCGCACCUGUUAAUAGCACCAUCAUCGCCAGAGGCCAGAAAAACGCUUCGGCUGUCGCGUCGGUGUAUACUCUGGAUCGCAGAAACGCGCCUGUGGUUUUGGCGAGAGGGCAAAAGGCUCAGAAUGCGCAGGUUCAGACUGAGGUUGUUGGGGGAGAUGAUGGGGCUGCUACCGAACUAGAUGCUAACGAGCCGGAUACUCCUGGAGAUGGUGGGGAUGCGAGCCCGGAAGUUCCUGGAGACGAUCCAGAAGCUCCUCAAGAUGGCGGUGAUGCGAGUCCAGAAGUUCCUGGAGAUGAUGGGGCUGCUACUCCACCACCUGCUGCCGACCCAGAAGCUCCUCAAGAUGCCCCAGAUGCGAACCCAGAAGACGACGGAGCAGCAACUCCAUCACCGGCAGCUGCACCCAAAGCUCCAGCAGCCACUCAAAAAGCCGUUCCAAAAGUGCCCGAAGUUGUCAUUGCCGCAAAUGCAAACGCAACAGUAGCUGCCAAUGCCACGGCUGUAGCAACUCCCGCUGCCGUGAAUGGGACUGUUGUUGUUGAUGAGGAUGUUGCUGGUGAGGAUACUGCUAAUGAGGAUGUUGUUGAUGAGGAGGAGGACGCCGAUGUUGGUGCACCGGAUGUUGUUGACGAGAAUGUUAUUGAUGAGAACGAGGACGCUGAUGUUGGCGCACCGGAUGUUGCUGUUGAGGAUGCUGCUAAUGAGGAUGUGGUCGAUGAAGCUGCCACCCUCCCCCAAGAAGUCGAAGAAGAAGAAGACCAACCCCUCCCAGUCGCAGCCGUCAAAACACCGGCAAAGACAGGAAAACAAGCCACCCCAGCCGCGGCGGCCAAAGCUGCGAAUUAA